AUGAAGGAAUUAAAUCCAUUUAUAUUACAUUCUUCACUAGAUAUCGUAGAGGAUAUUCAAUGGAAAACAUCACAAUUAUACCUCAAAACAAUUGAUAAUUUUUAUGGAUAUUAUAUAAGUGGAUUUUUAACAUCUGGUAAUAUUAAAUUUUUAUUAAUUCAUGAAACUAAGAAUGAAGAAAGUAUAAGGCAAUUUUUCAAUGAUUUAAAUGAUUUAUAUGUUAAAGUUUUAUUGAAUCCUUUUUAUAAAGUUAAUGAUGCUAUAACUUCUCCAGUAUUUGAUUUAAAAGUUAAAGGAUUUGCUAAAAAGUAUUUAUGA